UUUUGUUAUUUUACAAGAACUGUCAAAAUCAGAUGUUUAUAUGCAAAUUACCUUUAAAAUCAGUAUUUGCGUAAUAGUUUUCGCAUCUUUAAAAUAUCUUUAAGCGGAAUUAUCUAUAGAUUUGGCUGGUACUCUUCAAAUCAGGUGGUUCCUACAAAUAUCACCAGAAAUCGUAACAAUGGCCCCGAUUAUCCUAAAAGGUCGCAAUUAUGCCUUGUUCAUCAGUGGAAUCGUCGGUCUGAUCGGUUUGGCUUGCUAUCCAAUCAUCAUUGAUCCGAUGCUGAAUCCAGAAAAAUACAAAAAAGUACAACAGGUGAAUCGUGCCUUUAUAAAACAGGAACAGAUCCAACCCGGCAACAUGCGAGUGUGGAGCGACCCAUUCAAACCUAGGGAGGACCAACCGAAAUAAUUCUGUGGUAUUUAGUUCAACGUUCCUGCUCGCAGAUCCAGUCUUUAGUUGUAUUUUUGCACGUUCUAUACAUUUUAAGAGAAAUUUAAACCGAAAAAAAUUA